UUCCGGCCGGCGUGGGGGAAGCGUUUCGCAACAUGGCGUCUCGCAAGGAAACCACGGUGGCCGCCAGCACCGGCUCCUCCGCAGCCGCCAGCAAAGCCAGGAGCAAGGCGGCCUCGGGGGACUCGGCCGUCAAGCAGGUGCAGAUCGACGGGCUGGUUGUGUUAAAGAUUAUUAAGCAUUACCAAGAAGAAGGACAGGGGAAUGAGGUGGUCCAGGGAGUGCUGCUGGGACUUGUGGUGGAUGACAGGCUUGAAAUCACCAACUGCUUUCCAUUCCCUCAGCACACAGAAGAUGAUGCAGACUUUGAUGAAGUUCAAUACCAGAUGGAAAUGAUGCGAAGCCUUCGCCACGUAAACAUUGAUCAUCUUCAUGUUGGCUGGUACCAAUCUACUUACUAUGGCUCUUUUGUCACUCGUGCCCUCCUGGACUCCCAGUUCAGUUACCAACAUGCAAUUGAGGAGUCUGUAGUUCUCAUUUACGAUCCCAUUAAGACUGCCCAAGGGUCUCUGUCGCUAAAGGCUUACAGACUGACUCCCAAACUGAUGGAAGUUUGCAAAGAGAAAGAUUUCUCUCCAGAAGCAUUGAAAAAAGCAAAUGUUGCAUUUGAGCACAUGUUUGAAGAAGUGCCCAUUAUAAUUAAGAAUUCGUACCUGAUCAAUGUUAUGCUUUGGGAGCUGGAAAAGAAAUCGGCAGUAGCAGAUAAACACGAAUUGCUCAGUCUGGCUGGCAGUAAUCACUUGGGGAAGAGCCUGCAACUGCUGAUGGACAGAGUGGAUGAAAUGAGCCAGGAUAUAGUUAAAUACAACACUUACCUGAGGAACACAAGCAAGCAGCAGCAGCAGAAACACCAGUACCAGCAGAGACGUCAGCAAGAAAACUUACAGAGACAGAGUCGAGGAGAGCCUCCGCUUCCUGAAGAGGACAUGAGCAAACUGUUCAAACCUCCACAGCCCCCUGCCAGAAUGGAUUCACUGCUUAUUGCAGGUCAGAUUAAUACCUAUUGCCAGAAUAUCAAGGAGUUUACUGCACAGAAUCUGGGCAAACUCUUCAUGGCACAGGCUCUUCAAGAGUACAAUAACUAAAGAGAAAAAAAUCUGGUAUUUGAUAUAAUCUCCAGCAAAAGGAGAUGCCCUGACUCUCAGUUUAUACUUCUGACAACACUUUUAAAAACAUGGUGUAUUGGAAAAAUAUCUUGUGAAACCAAGGCACACAGGUUUGCCUAGAAUUCUCUUCUAAAGAAAAAUAAAAGCAAAUUUUAACA